UGGAGCGGAGCGUGUUGUCUGGGUAUCUGUCUUGAUUUUGAACUCGCCUCCGAGUUUUCUUUUUUCGGUUGGUGCUAUGGGGGGUAGCGAGAGCACCCACGGCAGCAGGAAGGUCUCCUUCGAGCUGGAUGAACACGAGCAAGUUCGGGUGUUGCAGGGCAUCCGGCUUUCUGAAGAUGUAGUAAACAGGAUGAAGGAAAAAUGUGAACCUAAACAGGACCAGCAAUUGCCAGGGAAAUCUAAGGUGUCCACAGGGAUCUGUCCACCUACCACAGAGAGUUUGGGUCAAAAGCCUUCUGAAGCAGAAGAGGAUCUGUAUAAGAGAUAUGAACAAGAGCAGACAAUGGUCCAAGAGGAACUACUUCGGUUGGCAAAAAGGGAGAGGGAGGCAGUCAGUGAUAGUCUGAAUGCUACUCUCCUCCAGGAGAAAAAUAGUGCCCAAGAGGAGAAGCAGAAAGCAGCCCAUCUG